ACUCUCCGCUGACUCUGUCCCCCUCACUGAAGCAUCCUCACACCGCCGAGUCCUCCGGGGAGCCCGGGGAGUCCUGUACAGGCUGCAGAGGAAGAGGAGGAGGAGGAGGAGGAGGAAGGUGGAGGCUGCAUCAUGUCGUCCUGCUGGUCCUGCUGUGGAUGACGCUGCACAGAAGCGCGCUGGGCUGCAGCUCCACGAACUGUAACACGGUUUUGACGGACGUCCAGGGGGAGUUCACGUCGCCCUGCUACCCCCAGAAAUACCCCAACUCUCAGGCCUGUAAGUGGACCAUGCAGGCCCCCGCCGGCUUCAUCAUCCAGCUCACGUUCCUGGACUUUGACUUGGAGGAGGCGCCGGGCUGCAUCUACGACCGGGUGGUGGUGAACACGGGGAACACGGACGUUAGGUUCUGUGGUCCGACGGCCAACGGGCUGACGCUGAACUCGACGGGGGACGUGAUGGAGCUGUCGUUCACCUCCGACUUCAGCGUGCAGAAGAGGGGGUUCAGUGUUAGCUUCAGACACGUUGCCGUGGCGUUGAGGAACCAGAAGGUCACCAUAACCGGCGGUAACGGCCAGGUCACCAAAGUGUCCGACUCUGUGUCCAUCCCGGUGCUCAGUCACCUGACGCUCUGCUUCGAGCUGGAGCGCACCAACCAGAAGAGUGAGGAGUGGAUCUUCACGUACUCCGACAGCAGCGACGGCUCCGCUCUGAGUCUGGGCUCCGAUAGCAGCGGGAUGAAGAUGGUCGUGGACGGAGUGGUGUGUCCGAUCAACACCAUCCUCCCCGCCUCUGAGUUCACCUCCUCCAUGCAGCCCUUCUGCGUCCGUUGGUCAUCGACCAACGGCCAGAUCGGGGUCUUCUUCAAAGGGGCCUACUGGACCAAGACCUGCUCCAGCUCCAGUGGACACUCUGUGCCGGCUGGGGGGACUUUCCGCUUAGGAGGGAAGCACAACUUCAGAGGGAACAUCUAUAACCUCCGGCUGUGGGACUACUCCAUGUCGCAGCAGCAGCUGGGCGCGUUAACCUGCGACAUGGUGGGAAACGUCAUCGACUGGGACAACAGCCACUGGACCAUCCCGUCCACUCUGGCGCAGACCGACACCUCGCUCAGCUGCAGUGUCUCCCCGCCCACCGACACACCCCUCGCCACCAGCUGUGACUCCCCUGGACUGGGCUGCCCAGCUUCCUCUCCCGCCAGUCAUUCAUCCACUGACUCCACUAACACCAUCCAUGCUACUAAUGCCAACACCCACGUUCUUCCUCCCAUCACUCCAUCUCCAUCCAUCAUCCCCACCACUAGCAUGCCACUAACCCCAACCCCAACGAGUGCAAGCGCAUCCCCCAGCAGCACAACCAGCUCCUCCUCUGUUAUGCCUGCCACUACCAUCACCGUCACCACCAGUGCUGCUACCGCUGCAUUCUCUGCCUCUAACAUCGCUUCAGGCAUCAUUGCACCACAUGCCCAACAGACAACAAGCAGCACAGCAACUGCUUCAUCUGCUACCACUAACCUCCCAGCUACUAACCCUGCAGCACAUGCAAAGAACUCUUCAACCAAAGCGUCUUCCAGUGCCGCUCCUGCUGCUGUUCUUACUCUCCAGAGGCAGGAACCCCACUCUUCCAAGUCCAGGCCUCACUCCAGGAAACUGAGGCUCCGUAGGUCCCUUCCAUCAAAUCCUCCAAUCAAAUCCCCAAGACUCCCAGAUCUGGCAUCACAACCCAGAGAACCCAGAGUACUAGCUCAAGAUCCAGUUCGCCCCGACCCCUAUAACCCCAGACCUCCAGCCUUCUUUUACAGGCCGCAAAGGCGUCGCAGCACAAAGACCUCCCUCGGGUACAUCUCCACCCCUCUGAUCAGGAAAGGUAGGAAGAGGCUGACCACUUCAAGGCGUCCAGAUGCAACCAGUUCACCACCCAGACCGGUGGUUUACCUCACGAAACCAGCAACACAGACAACUCAACUCAAAUCCACAACAGGUGCACCAGAUUUAAGAAAUGCAAUGCACACUUUGAGGUAUGCUGAACCUACAACACCACCAGACUUUUUGCACACAUCGAACCCCAACAAGGACUUUCCUACAACUACUCAAGACGCCAAACUCCAAACUCUUAUGUCCCGGGAAUCAUCUCUUUUGCAACGUAGAGAUGAUUCAGUAGAUUCAAGGGAAUCCUCCUCAUCCUCAUCACCAUCGUCGGCACUUAGCAACAGAAAGAAGAAACCUUUCCAGCCUCUGCAGAGCACGGGAGGUGGAGUGAACCAAACAGCUGCCUCCGGUAACUCUUCAGAUUCUUUGGAGGGACUAAGCGACGAGUACUCAUCAGGCUGGGUGGCAUUGCCAGCGGGGCCUGCCAGCAUUGAAGAGGUAGAAAUUGGCUCCUCGUCGUCCAUUUGGCCGACUGCUGGAUUCCACCAGCCCACAGAAACCCAAACCCCAAUGGACGAGCAUUUACAGGCCUUCCAGAGAUCCUCCGCAGACUCUGACAGCCAGUCGGCGGAGGCAAUCCAGCAGCCGCUACCUCACGACGAAACCUCCACGCUCCCGAAUGACAAAUUGAAAUCCAACCACUCGCAACCUCCUCUUUCUGUCGGGGAGUUUGAUGAAGAUCAGAUUAUAUCACAGCUGGCGAACGACUCACAAACAGCCAAUACUUCCAGCUGUGGUUAUCAAUCCUCACCAUUUUAUCACCACAAAGAACUCUCCACUCAAAGCGCUCAGUACGGCCGCCAGCAGCAGCAGCAGCAGCAGCAGCAGCCUGAAAAAGGCCACAGUGCACCCCCUACCUGGAUCCCCACAUGUGGAUUUAGCAGCCGGGCUCGAGCUGCCAUGCCAAU